AAUCUGUUCGGUAACUUGACUGUGAGAGCUGAGGGUUCAGACGACGGAAAUGUGAUAACAUCAUAUGUUUUAGUCUGACAGCCUUCAGAAUGUAACCCGGAAAUGACCUAACAUCACAGAGGGAUGAGGCUGUGUAAAGAAGAGACACAUUUGGUUGUGAAGAUCUGAGGACAUGAUACCAGAGCCUUCAGCUGCAGCUGCAUCCAGGUCCUCAAAACAAAACACAAACAGUCAUGCAGAGAGAACCCGCUCUGGAGCUGUCAGCCACUCAGAGGAGGACUCUGGGAGUGAAAACAGGCAGAAGACUAAGCGACGUAAAAGAGCUCGCAGCGUCUUGGAGAACGAGGAGAGCACGAGYGCUGAAGCUGGCUGCAGCGGCACCAGCAGGACGCGGGGCAGACGGGUCGAGCAGAAACAUGUGGAGGCUGUCACUCUGUUCCAGGUGAUCUCCAUGGGCAGGAGUGCUGUAGAGGCAGUGAUUGAUGACUGGAUUGAGGCGUAUUUGACAGACAGAGACUCUUCUCUCCUCGACCUCAUCAGCUUCUUUAUCCAGUGUUGCGGAUGCAAAGGUGUGGUCACAGCAGAGAUGUGUCAGAGCAGAGAGGACAGUGACGUCAGGAGUAAGAUGAUUGAGGAGCUUGAUGAGGGUGCUGGUCUGCAGUAUAAGAGGUUUCUGGCCUUUCCUUGGAUCCUUACUGUCACUUGGCCCAUGGAUGCAGACAGCGCAGAGUAUCCCCUCGUGCAGUCCGGACCACCCGCCCGCUGGUUUCACUCGGAGCUCUGCGACUUCGUGUCGGUGCUGGUGGCUCAGUGUCAGCGCAGCGUCCUCUUCGACGGCUACCUGAUGAGCAGCCUCAUCUCGCUGCUCGCCGAGCUGUCGGACUCGUACGUGCGAGCUUUCCGUCACACCUGCACGCUGGCAGCGGUGAAGAUGCUGAGCUCUCUGGUGGCCGUGGCUCUGAGCCUGAGUGCUGGCGUUGAAAACAGUCAGAAACUGUACGAGGUGCAGAGGACCAAGAGCUCCAGACUGAAGAGCUCCCAGCAGCUGGAGAGAAUUCAGAAGAAGCUCACCGACUUGCAGGAAAAGCGAGCAGAAAUGGAGAGCAUGAUGGACGCCAUCUUCAAAGGGGUUUUUCUCAAGAGAUAUCGUGACAUGCUUCCGGACAUCCGCUGCAUCUGCAUAGAGGAGUUGGUUGUCUGGAUGAAGCUUUACAGCUCUGUGUUUCUCAACGACACUUACCUGAAGUACGUGGGCUGGAUGAUGCACGACAAGACACCAGAAGUGCGUCUGAAGUGUGUGUUAAGUCUGCAGGGUCUGUACAGCAAUCCUCUCCUGCUGCCUAAACUAGAUCUGUUCACCAGCCGCUUCAAGGACCGUCUCAUCUCCAUGACGAUGGAUAAGGACAACGAGGUGGCAGUCCAAACCAUGAAACUACUUCUGCUCAUUUCRAAAACGUGUGAGGAUGUGCUCACUGAGAAAGACUACAAGCAGCUGCUCCAGUUUGUUUACUCGUCCCACCGGCCUCUUGCAGCCACUGCAGGAGAGCUGUUGUUUCUGAGGAUUCUCAAUGCUCCAGCCGUCGCUUCAGAUCUCCUGGAUGAACCGAGUGAAGAGGAGGCACAUAGAUGUCAAACAUUUGCCAGAUUAAAAGUUUUGCUGCAGUUUUAUCAGGAGUCUGAGCUGCACGAGCAUGUUGUGUACCUGGUGGACAGUCUGUGGGACUGUGGGGGAGCUCUACUGAAGGACUGGCCCUCACUCACAGCUGCACUGCUGCAGAACCUCUCCUCCUCUUCCUCACAGAACACAGGCUUCACAACAGCAGAGCACACUGUGAUGGUAGAGAUUCUGCUCGCAGCAGCUCGUCAGGCCUCYGAGGGACCGGCGCUGGCUGGAAGGACUGGAACCAAGAAGGCACUGAGCAUCAGGGAGAAGAAAAGUCAAAGUGACGACUGUUUAAAGCUGACUGAACAUCUCCUCGUGGUGCUUCCCCAGUUAAUCUCCAAGUUUUCCUGUAGCAGUGAUGUUGUUGCCUCCCUGAUGAAGAUUCCUCAGUAUUUCAUCUCAGAUUGUCCAGAGGCUGAAAACACACAGCUGGUUUCCAGUCUGAUGGUGGAGAUGGCAGCUGUUUUGGACCUGCACUCGACCCCUGCGGUUCUGGAGGCGGCAGCCUGCACGUACCUGAGCCUGUGCAGCGAGCGAGCAGCCUGGUGCUCUGUGGCUAAAGCUGCGCGGGACUCUCUGGUCCAGCUCUGGGUGGAGCAGCUGACGGAGCUGCUCAGGGAUGACAGUUWUUCCGCUGAUGAGGAGAAAACCAGAAAACUUGUUGCAACGCUGAAGAAACUCCGAGCUUUCCACAACUGUCACGACCUGGGCCGGUGGAGUGUGUUUGAGCUGCUGUCUCCUGUCCUGACUGAGGCCAGCAGCCGGGGAGCAGCGCCGCCUGAGGUGCUGGAGGAGGUGCUGCGGUGCUCGUCUUUCAUCCUGCUCUGGUCUCUCAGCACGAGCGGCGAAACUCUAACCUGCCGGGAAAAGGCCGUGUCCCAGAGGCUCCAGCUGCGUCUUUUCUGUGAGAGAAGUCACCACUACCUGUCGCACUGCGAGCUCAGUGUGAGGCUUCAGGCGUUUCUGGGAGUGUGUGACGUCCUGACGGCUCAUUCGUACCAAGUGCAGGUGUGGGAGCCCACCAGCUUCGGCCCACUGCUGUACACACACAGUCCCAAACUGCAGAGGGCGCUGUUGGCCUUCGUGUGCGCUCAUGUCUUCAUGGGCCCGGACUCUGACGGUCAGAGUCGAGUGAGUGAGCACUCUGAAGUGGAGAGACUGGAGGACCUUCACAGAAGAAGAAAUGUUCUCGCAGCCUACUGCAAACUUAUAGUGCACGGAGUGCUGGAGAUGAGUGCGGUGGCUGAGAUCUACAUGUACUACAUGAAGUACUACAGUGAGUUCGGGGACAUCAUGAAGGAGACGAUGUGCAGGACCAGGCAGAUCAAUAAGAGUGAGAGCGCUCGGACUCUGGUGCUGUGUUUGCAGCAGCUGUUUGUGAGYCUCAGGCGGGAGCAGGAGAGCGGCAGCAGGGCUCCCUCAGGCGUCCAGACUUUCACCAGCAUUAAGGAGCUGGCCAGGCGCUUCGCCCUCACCUUCGGAGAUUUGAUCAAGUUCCGCGAGUGUGUCGUCAUGAUUCACAGGAACGGCAUAGAGUUUGUAUUCCAAGACUUCAUUCAGGCCCCAGAUGCAGCUACACCGCCGUACCUCUCCUACCUGACCAUCCUCAGCGAGUUCUCCAGCAAACUGCUCAAACCAGACAAGAAGACGGUGUUCUCUUACCUCCAGAAGCACACUGCGGAGCACCUCGUGGACCUCAGGGAGGAGCGCUGGCAGCCGCUGAUCUACUAUCGGGCGUCUUUACUGGCUGUGGCUGAAAUGGAGGACGCCGUGUCCUACGUGAGCUCUGACAAGAGGGCCUGUCUGCACAGUCGCUCUCCCUUCUCCAAACAGAAACUGGAAGGAAGCAAGUCUCCCUGUCAGCUCCGUCCUGCUGACAAAGUUAGUAAAACCCUCAAACUGAGCGCCAGUCCAAGUUAUCAGGAGAGACCAGGAACUAUGGAUCUGUCCUCUGUUCCUCCGGAGCUUCCUGGCAGAAACUUCAACACUGACGACCAUAUCCUCGGCAUGGCCACGGAGCUGGACGACGGCGCCGUGGAGGUUGAGCUGUAACUUCAAAGUGGAUUUCCCAUUUGGACAAGAGCGRGUCGAAUAUUUGUCCAAAAUCUGCACCUUGCAGGAGACUUACCUCCAGGUGGUCCUACUAUCAUCCCAACCUCAAUUAUUGGGUUUUUCUAAACAAGAAGCAAUGGUUCGAGCUGCUGCAGGAUCACUGAGCUCUUUGUGUCCCUGCGGCGGAUUGGAGACCCUGUCCAAGGUGUCCCAUGUCUUACAGUGCUGGAGACGGGCACCAGUUCCCAGUGACUCAAAGAUAAAAAAAAGAAAUGGGUGGAUGGUUUUCUUAAAUGUUUUUGAAAUAUGGGAGAAAAUAUCUCUUUCAUGCAAAGACUUAAAACCAAUUAAUAAUUGAAUAUUAGCCUAAUGGCUAAUGAGAUGCAGUUUUUGCACUGUUUCAUCCACAAGCACUUUAUUACCGGUAAAUAAAAUAACUUACCAGUCAAAAAAAGUCCUCAACAAAUGCACUAUUUAUACUCAGUUUAGCUUCCUAUCAACCUUUGUAAACACUAAGGUUUUAAUACGUUGUUAAAACACUWAAAUGUCUGUAAUAUACAUUGAAAUUAAUUUAUUUAAGAAGGCUAAAACCCUGAAAUGGACCAGCAGACUCAAAGCAUUUUUUUUUCYGGAUCACAAUAAGAAAUCAUGUUUCUGAUUUAUAAUUAUGACAAACAAAACAAAAUAAAUUCUGAUCAACAACCUUGUGGACAAAUGAGCAGGUUUUAAGACGAGGUGUGUGGAACAGUUAUUUGGACAAAUUGUUCUGGUCUUUUUAAGGUUUAGUUUCAUUACUCGUGCAUGAAUUUUAGUAAGUUUUUCUUUUAAAUACACACCUGUAAACUGUAUCUGUUAAAUACAUUUUUUUAUUCAGAUUUUGGAUAACAUGAUUAUUAGAUGGGUUUAUUUGUGAGUGGUGCUUUACUUUAAAAUUCUGACUUUAUGUAUUCAGUGUAAAUAAAUAUAAAAAAUAAAGACACCUAAAGUUUUUA